GGAGCCUGGUGACUUUUAUUUUGAAGACGCGUGGAGAGUUGACAGUGUCUGAGGUCACGCGCGCGCGCUCUCAGUGAGAGUUUAGCCGGAGCUCAUGGCGUGUUUCUUCAGGAGGAGCGUCGCGCUGCAGCUCGCCAAGGCGUGUGGAGUCUCUGAAGACCUGUUUAUCCCGCUCAUCUCUGCAGUUCCAGUGUCAAAGAAACAGUCUGCCGCUGAUCUGCGUGUGUCGGUGAACCGUCUGCUGCAGAGCGGAGCUGUCGCUGCUGAUGAUGGAGACCUGCAGACCAAAACACAAGCCCUGGCCAAUCAGAUGAAGCGGGAUGCUGUAGUGGAGGAGGUCAUCGCUGGCCGAGGAGUGAUUCACUUCAGAUUAAACAAGCUCGUCCUGGCACAGAAACUGCUAGAGCAGCUGCGCUCCGAGCCGGACGGGUUCGGCGUGAACAGUGAGCUUCUGCGUCAUCUGCGGGGAGGAAGGACGCUGGUGGAGUUCAGUUCUCCAAACAUCGCUAAGAAAUUUCACGCCGGACACCUGCGCUCCACUAUAAUCGGAAACUUCAUUGCCAACCUAAAGAAGGCCUUGGGGAAAGAGGUCAUUCGAGUCAAUUAUUUGGGCGACUGGGGAAUGCAGUUUGGUCUGCUGGGCGCAGGCUUCGAACGCUCCGGCUCUCAGGAGAAGCUGAGGACGCAGCCGCUGGAGCACCUGUUUGAGGUGUAUGUUCAGGUGAACCGCGAGGCCGAGUGCGAUGAGAGCGUGCGUUCAGCCGGCGCAGAGUUCUUCAGACGUCUGGAGCGGCGCGAGGAUCAGGCCCUGGCGCUCUGGAGGCAGUUUCGCCAGAUCACAGUGGACGAAUAUAAACGCAUCUAUCAGCGUUUAGGAGUUCACUUUGACCAUUACUCUGGAGAGGCGUCUCAUCACAGUCAAACCCAGAGUGUGCUGGACGAGCUGAUGACCAGAGGACUCUUAAAGACCACUGAGAAGGGCACAGGUGUAGUGGAUCUGUCUGGAGCGGGCGACAUGUCGUCUUACGCCACACUGGUGCGCAGUGAUGGGACGUCUCUGUACAUCACCAGAGACGUCGCAGCUGCGCUGGACAGGAAGCAGAGGUUCGGCUUUGAUGAGAUGAUUUAUGUGACAGAUAAGAGUCAGACCAGCCACUUCAAGCAGCUCUUCCACAUCCUGCGAGCCAUGGGACACCAGUGGGCAGAGAGGUGUGUUCAUGUGGCGUUCGGGCUGGUGCAGGGUAUGAGCACACGCCGCGGGGAGGUGGUGUUCCUGGAGGAUGUGCUGGAGGAGGCGCGCAGCAGGAUGCUCAACAACAUGACGCAGUCCAGCACUUCUAAAGUGCUGGAGGAGCCGGAGCAGACCGCAGAGAGGAUUGGGAUCAGUGCUUUAAUCAUACAGGACUUCAAAGGGCCGCUGAUGUCUGACUAUAAGUUUGAUUGGGACAAAGUCCUGCAGGCUCACGGGGACACGGGUGUGUUUCUGCAGUACACACACGCCCGACUCUGCAGUUUGCUGAGAAGGCAUGCGAGUGAGACGCACUCCUGCUGUGACGUCUCUCCUCUGGUGGACAGCAGAAGCGUCUCGGUUCUCCAGCACCUGCUCAGAUAUGAUGAAGUUCUGCUUCAGUCGGCGAAUGAGCUGCAGCCCCGACACCUGGUCAACUUCCUCAUGACCCUCAGGGUUUAAUACGCAACUGUCAUCAUCAUUUGCUGAACAGUACAUAACAGGCACUGGAAUAAACACAUCUAUCGGUACAGUAUGUGUCACAUGACCAAACAUGACGGAUGGUUUUCAGAUAACCUCUGCUUUCACAGGCCCACCUGCAGCACUUUCACUUUUAUCCCCUUGCGAAAGCUUCUUCAAAUCGCUUGGAUGAAAAUGCUGUGGGCGAAAGGCCAAAACACAAAGAUGUGUGUCUGGGUUAAUGUAGAUGUUUGUGUUCUCAGUCACCUGGUGGCCUCGGCUCAUCGAGAGCUGCCUGUGAAGGGAAGCUCAGCGGCCGUGGCUCAGGUAAACACACUUUUAGAGUUUCAGAUUACAUGCAUUCAUUGUGUGCUGUGAUUCCGGCCUGGGCGAGUGUUAUUACUCCGAAGUGCUGGUUUGAGCAGCUGUGCUUGUGAUGAAGUCAGGCUUGAUGGUGUCUUUGUCUCUUCAGGCCCGACUGUGUCUCUUCAGCGCCGUCCGCUCGGUUCUGGCCAACGGCAUGAGGAUUCUGGGCAUCACGCCGGUGGAGAAAAUGUGAAUUUCUGUUUGUUAAUCUCUAAAUAAAAGUCGUCUUUGUUUGUGCA